UGAAAGUGCGAUAGUGACUCGCUUGCAGGGGUGCCCCACUGACCGACUUUGCCCCCGUUGCACACCACUACUACUAUGGGGUGGCUUUGCGUUGCCGUGGCGACGUGUCUGCUGGUGCCCCGCUGUGUCAAAGGUGACAACUGGCGACGGAAGUAUGAAGAGGGAACACGACACUACAGCAAGGAAGAACUCAAUACGGAGUUCCCAGAGAAAACUCGUCCAAUCGGUUUCAAGCAUCCAGCUUUCCUGUGUCCUGAUAUGAGCCCCUCACCUUCAGCCCCUUCUUCAGUGGAGUUGGUGAAGGCAGGCGAUAUCAAAGCGGUGGCCGCCUUGGGCGACUCGCUCACGACGGCCAUUGGCGCCAACGCCACCACCGUCCUGGGUAUCCCCAUCGAGUUCCGUCAUGUUUCCUGGAGCAUUGGCGGUUAUGGCUCAUAUGAAGACGUCAUUACUCUGCCCAACAUUAUCAAACUUUUCAAUCCCAACCUUCUGGGCCCCGCCCGGGGGAAAACGCUUCACGGCAUGGAGGGCCACCUCAGGGAAACGGGCCUCAACCUGGCCGUGACUGGACACAACACCUUCAAUCUCCCCGGCCAGACGAGACACUUGAUUGACACGCUUAGAAGUUUUGAGGGUUUGAACUUUAAGAAGGACUGGAAGCUUCUGACCAUCCUCAUGGGCAUGAAUGAUAUCUGUGACUAUUGCAAAGACAAGGCUCUCUUCUCUGCCGAGAACUUCAUUCAUUACAUGACCGUCUCGUUGGAAAUGCUCAUGAAUGAGGUUCCUCGCAUGAUUGUUAACGUUGUGCAGAUUCUUCCCAUGCAGACGCUCAGGGAGGUGCACAAGCCCACGCCGGGCUGCCUUCUCCAGCGCUCCUUCUGCUCGUGUCUGAUUGAACCAGGGGGCGAGUCUGCUGAGCUACGUGAGCUGGUGGAAAUCAAUCUGGAGUUUCAGAGACGACUGGAGGCGUUGCUACUCGCCGAUCGCUUCUUCAGGGACGAUUUUGCCGUGGUCCUGCAGCCGUUUUUAAAACAAGCCGAUCCUCCUCGCCUUCCCAGCGGCAAGAUCGACAUGAGCUUCUUCACCCAUGACUGCUUCCACUUCACCAUCAAAGGCCACGAGGAGCUAGCCAAGGGCCUGUGGAACAACAUGUUUCAGCCUGAGGGGGGGAAGACGGUGGUGAACAGUUUUUCAGACCCCAUCACCCUCGUCUGCCCACCCACGGAGCAUCCGUACAUCUUCACUCGACCCCCUUUGGCCAGGUCCGGUCAAUGUUCCGGACCCCACAUGGCGCCGACGGAGCUCGUCUACUCCCUGCUGUCUGUCCUGGUGGCGAUCGGGGGUCCGUUUUUUUUGUAGGACUCGUCCCGAGCAGAUGAUGACAACUUCAUUGAAAGUAAGUCUUUUCGCACUGUUAACGGAAAGAUCAUAUUGAAGAAGGAGGACCUUUUUUUCCCCAAAUUGCUGUAACCAUUUUUUUUUCCAACUCUACCUUUUAAUGUUUUUAAGUUGUUUGUGACUUGUAAAGAAUCUUUGAAUCCGAAUAUAACGUAUUUAUGAAGCUCUACUAUCGUGACUGUUGUUUGUUUUUAAAUGAACAUCGAUACACUGUAAAACACACACGCACGACUGUUGUCAAAAUGAUAUAAAAUGAUCAUGACUAAAAUGAA